UUUCUAGAGCUCAUCUGUUGUCAUUCCAACUUAUCUAGCCUGUUUUCAAAAUAUGGUCAGUAAAUUGGCCCCGCCUACCACAUAGCAAAGGUUAUAAGAAGAGUUUUUCUAAGCAUGAGUGGCCAUUUCAAACAGUCAGCCCUCAGGGACCUCUCCUUGGCUAAAAGUCCGAAAGAGUAGCUGUUAGACCAUAGAGGUUGCAGGCUUUUGUACAGAGGAAAUACUAGGGUUAACAUCACUUUGGCUCUUUGAGUUGGAAAGUGUUGAAAGCAGCGAAAGUACUUAAAUUCAGCUCAGAUAUCUUUCUUUUAGAGCUAUUAGUGACCUAUCAUGGUCUUGAUUCUGCCUUUGUAUUGAAUUAAUUGGAGUAAUUUGUGCUUUCUGCCAUAUUAGCAGUAACCAAAGCAUCCUGCUGGAUUGCCAAAUUUACUUAUUAGUCAGCUAACACUAGCUUUGGACUGGAGGCAGCAUUUUGUACAGUAUGUCACAACCAGGCAUCUGUAGUUUACAGCAAGGAAACGGGAUGUGAUGGGAGCAGUUAGGAGUGGCUUUGGAGUGUGUUUGUUUUGGGUCUCAUUAGAGCCUCUGAAAAGCAAUUGGGUAGAGGAGCUUUAAAGAUGGUGAGCAUGUUUGGGUUGCCACCAAUGACUAAUGACCUGCAGCCUAAAGCAAAUAUAGGAAAAACCUGAAUGCUUAAUCCCUACAGUGGUGUGGGAGACAUUUUGCUGGCAUGGUUUGGGUCCACUUGUUCCCUUAGAGGAACCCGCAUUAUCUAUGAUCGCAAGUUCCUACUGGAUCGGCGUAAUGCUCCCAUCGCUCAGACCCCCCCAGCUCAUCUGCCUGUCAUCCCUGGAGUGACAAGCCAGAAUGUCCUGAGUGAGAACCAGAAGAAUGAAGCCAACAACCACAUCAACAACCAUGAUGGCAAGCCCACAACUGGUGAUGACGCUCAGUUUGAAAUGGACAUCUAAUUGAAAUGGAACCACACCAGCAAAAGCAAAUGACCUGGCAUCACAUGUGCUAGUGGCUUGGCUUGUAGAAACCAAUGUUGCGAGCCCUCAUGGCAGCCAUCUUCUUUAGCUCUCUGUCUCACCGCUGGAUAUAAUGUGUGUAAACCAUGGGGAUUCAUUAUGUCAUACAUAAAAGUAUGGUGAGGCCAACUCUGGAAAUUAGGUUUAUUUGAAUAGAUUUCCAUGGUUACCGGUCACUGUACAAACAGCCACACAACAAGGGAGCAGGCCUGAAAAUUAUGUACCCAGACACAUUGGUCAAUUAGUAGAUUGCAGUGCUAAUUUUAUAGCUUUCAAUGUCAGGAUCCUCAACAGAGCACCCUGUAAAACUGAUUAUAUUUCAAUAUAACUGGGGAAGGAAGUGGUAAUUUUAGUACCAGCCUUGGAAUCAGUCAAAAGCUUUGAUAUUCAUCACAGUCUUUAGUUUUGAAGAUCGUUGUAAGCAUGUUAUUUAAGUGACUAUUUUUUUGGGGAGGGGGGGUUGGAACUACUUGAAAGGCUCCACAAUUGAUUAUCAAUUGUUUGGUUUCCCAUAAUGGUAUGUAAAGAGAUGCCAUGUUUUAUUUUCCAAUUAGAUGAGGAGUUCAUGCCAUUCCAGGAUUUAAGUUUCCAUUACCAACACAAGCCUAGGUGAGUUUCCAAUUUCAGGGGAAACAUUUUUACCUGAAUUUUAGGCCAUGACUUAUUUUUGUAAUCAUCAAAUGAUUGUAUUUCCCGUUAUUAUUAAACGUAUUAUGAAGCAGGCAAUUAAAAACAUGCUUUUCAUUUAGAAUGAAAUUUCAGUAUAGUAUAACAGUAUCAAGGACCUUGGUUUAUCACUAUCAUGACCUUGAUUUAAAUGUUAUUUACACAUUUGUCUCUUGCCAAGAAAAGUUAAUACCCUUUUUCUCCAGAUUUGACUUAACUGGUUUGUUGUGUUGGCAAGAGCUUUGUGUUCAUAAUUUGGUAACUAACACAAGAGGUCAUACAUAGCAACAUCUGUCAGGUGAUUUUGAAUAUACAGACCAAAUAAACAUUUAGAACUAUGUGGAAAUGGUUGAUAUCGCAAUGUUAAUUUUUAGGUGAAAUACAAAUUUUUUGAGAAACUUGAAAAAAAUCCAGAUGUUUUAUAUGCAUUUUAUUUUUUAAUACAGUUUCUAAGUAUUGAGGGUAUUUGUUUGGACACUGUCAAGCCUUGGAUUUGUUAGACAUGUCAAGGAGCCAGAAAAUGUGACAGACGCUGUCCCUUAUUCUACAACUCUGUCCCCAGUGUCCUUAAAUCAUUUUACACUCUUUUUCGUGUGUCAUGUCUGCCCAUGCCUUACUUUUGAUGAAAUGCAGUAAAUGAAAUUGGGUUCCUUGUCAUCAAUUUGUACUUUCCAACAGAUGUUUAUUUUUACACUGAACAUUGAACAAGUAACAUUGUACCUUGCAAAUGAGCAAAAAAUGUUUUGGGUUUGUUUUUUUUUUCCUAUACAGUUUCCUUUCUGAAGCAGCUGUGAAGUUUGAAAGUGUGAUGGCAUACAUGUCAUUCUGGGAUUCUGAAGUUCAGAUAUUGAUGUCAUUAAGAGUGAUACAUGCUAAUUUAGUCCCAUUAGUUUUUUUUUUCUUUUUUUUUUUACACCACAGUAAUCAUUGUCCUCUCUGCUAAUUGUACCCUGUGCCAGUAACAGCUCUGAGCUUGGCAAGUAAAUCACCAGGGUUUUUGAUUGAUUGAUUGAAGUUUGAGUUUGUUUCUCUGUAACCUCUGAAUGGGUGAAAGGAUGUCUAUCAAAGAGUUGUUUUGUUUUCGUUUUUAAUCAACUCUGGCCGUGUUUGAUGACAAAUGCGUCAAAGGGUCACUCAAACCUGGUUUGCAUUGCACAUUUCUGGUGAUAGGCCUAAAACUCUAUAUUAUGGCAUCAAUAAUUCAGAUUGCAAAUGUAUUUCAAAUCAGUUUGGAUUGGCAGUGAGGGCUUAACAUUGUGUGUGGACAGAGAUUUGAAACAAAAUUACAGUAACUUUGUUCUGAUUUUAAAUAACUUUAUUUUAAUGAAACUCCAAUGCCAGUGGACACUGUUGCUGCAGGAUCAAUAAAGUUCUGUAACAAAGGAAA